AUGACCAGUCCCCAGAAUGUUAAGGAGGUCCAAAGACUUGCCGGUCGUAUUACUGCCCUUGCCAAAAUUUUUGCCCAUAAUGGCAGACAGGAAAUCCCUCAACCUAGUAUCGCCAAACAAGAGUGCAUGGACAUAGAAAAUAUGCCUAAAAAUUGGAUGACUCCGAUUAUUCAAUACCUCACCAGCAGCAGCUUACCAAAGGAUCCAGCUUCGGCUAAGAAAAUACGUAUGCAUACAGCUAAGUACCUCCUUCUCGGCAACGAAUUAUACAGAAGAGGAAUUUCAACGCCUAUGCUUAAAUGUCUCAAUGAAGAUCAAGCCAGCUAUGUCAUGAGGGAAAUUCAUGACGGUAUCUGUGGUACCCAUGUGGGUGGACACACCAUGGCCGCUAAGAUACUUUGA